CUCGCCGGUGAUUGUCUCUCGCAGGGUCGGUGAUUGUCUCUCGCAAUAUCAUCACCUUCCAGGUACAAUAAAAUGGCACUUAUGGUUCCCACCAAAGAUCACUUCCCUGCGCAGUAUUCGGUUUGUGGAGAACUAGAAGAUGCAGUGCCCAUAGUUAGGAGCAAAUUGAGUGUAGAGAAUAUGGUGAACUUUCGAAAAAUGCCAUUCGGUCAUUUCAUGGAUGUGCGGAAGCUCCAAUUUUCUGGACAACUCAUCCAUAUCCUUAUGCUACAUCUCGUCCGCGAACAACCUGAAGACGAGAUGUGGUUUAUGAUCAAUGGUACUCUUCACAAGUUCACUUUUAAAGAUUUCUGUCGAAUCACAAGUUUGCCGACUUCCAAGUCAUAUCCAAAUUUUAGCAAUGUGAAGUCUUCGUCCGAGACUAUUCACAAAAAGUAUCUUGGAGGGGGGACGUUGAAAUGCACCUUCGCGCACUUGCGGAAUAUGUUUAUGACUGCGGAGGAAGAUGUACCCGGCAGUGAUUUACAUAAGCUUGCCUCAUUGUAUUUUGUUGAGCAUGUGCUGUUAGCAAAAGAUAGAGUGCUUGACGACGAGGUUGCUCAGUGUAAUCAAGAGAUAAAAUGUCCACUGUUACGUUGGGGAGCCAAGAAAUGCCCACAGUACCACUCUCUAAAGCAGUUGUUAUUCCCUAAUGAACCUGAAGAAGUCGCAAAUAAGAUGGACAACACACUUGAUUUGUUGUUUAGAAGUGUUGAAGAUUUAAAGAACACUCUAAACAAAAGGAUUGAUGCAAGACGAGACCUCUUAUCUGCCCAAAAUAGGGACAAGGCUUACAAGGACUGGGAGUUCAGCACUUCUUUGAACAUUGCCAUCACUUUCAUUCUCUUCAUGUGUGGACAAGUUACCCAUGGCCGGCAUGUUCAACACCGCUGUUUCUGGACAAACAUUUCCAACAUUUCCAUCAAUUCCGUGUUCUUCAACACAUAGCUCUCUGGACAUGUCCAUCUCAAAACAUAGAAAACAAUAUAAUACCUUAGUAUUA